GGGGGUGAAGAGGUGGAGGAGGAGUAGGAGGAGGAGGCGGCGAAGAUGGCGACUUCGAACAAUCCGCGGAAAUUUAGCGAGAAAAUCGCACUGCACAACCAGAAGCAGGCGGAGGAGACGGCAGCCUUCGAGGAGGUCAUGAAGGACCUGAGCCUGACGCGGGCCGCGCGGCUUCAACUGCAGAAGUCCCAGUACCUGCAGCUGGGCCCCAGCCGCGGCCAGUACUAUGGCGGGUCCCUGCCCAACGUGAACCAGAUUGGAAGUGGCAGCAUGGAUUUCUCCUUCCAGACACCAUUUCAGUCCUCAGGCCUGGACACGAGUCGGACUACACGACACCAUGGGCUUGUGGACAGAGUAUAUCGUGAGCGCGGCAGACUUGGCUCCCCGCACCGCCGGCCCCUCUCAGUUGACAAGCAUGGGCGACAGGCUGACAGCUGCCCCUAUGGCACCGUGUACCUCUCGCCUCCUGCAGACACCAGCUGGAGGAGGACCAACUCUGACUCCGCCCUGCACCAGAGCACAAUGGCCCCCACCCAGGUAGAGUCCUUCACAGGCGGGUCUCAGGACGCACAGCAGAAAAGAGUCUUACUACUCACAGUCCCAGGCAUGGAGGAGACCCAGUCUGAGACGGACAAGACACUUUCUAAGCAGUCGUGGGACUCAAAGAAGACGGGUUCCAGGCCCAAGUCCUGCGAGGUUCCUGGGAUCAACAUCUUCCCAUCUGCAGAGCAGGAGAGCACAGCAGCCCUGAUCCCCGCUACCCACAACACAGGGGGCUCCCUCCCUGACCUCACCAACACCCAUUUUCCCUCCCCACUCCCGACGCCGCUGGAUCCCGAGGAGCCCCCGUUCCCUGCUCUUACCAGCUCUAGCAGCACCGGCAGCCUUGUACAUCUGGGCCUCAGCAGCACUGGUCAGGGUGUGAGCACCCCCAGCUCUUCUCCACAGCACCGGCCAGCAGUCAUCAGCCCGCUGUCCCUGAGCACAGAGGCCAGGCGGCAGCAGGCCCAGCAGGUGUCACCCACCCUGUCCCCGCUGUCACCCAUCACUCAGGCCGUGGCCAUGGACACCCUGUCCCUGGAACAACAGCUGUCCUAUGCCUUCUUCACCCAGGCUGGUUCUCAGCAGCCUCCCCCACAGCCCCAGCCUCCACCUCCUCCUCCGCCUGUGUCACAGCAGCAGCCACCACCCCCACAGGUGUCCGUGGGCCUCCCCCAGGGUGGCCCACUGCUGCCCAGUGCCAGCCUGACAAGAGGGCCCCAGCUGCCACCGCUCUCGGUCACUGUCCCGUCCACUCUCCCCCAGUCUCCUGCAGAGAACCCCGGCCAGUCACCUAUGGGGAUCGACGCCACCUCGGCCCCGUCUCUGCAGUACCGCACGAGCGCAGGCUCACCCGCCAACCAGUCUCCCACCUCUCCAGUCUCCAAUCAAGGCUUCUCCCCUGGAAGUUCCCCGCAACACACGUCCACCCUGGGCAGCGUGUUUGGGGACGCGUACUAUGAGCAGCAGAUGACAGCCAGGCAGGCCAAUGCUCUGUCCCGCCAGCUGGAGCAGUUCAACAUGCUGGAGAACGCCAUCAGCCCCAGCAGCCUGUACAGCCCGGGCUCCACACUCAACUACGCCCAGGCCGCCAUGAUGGGUCUGAGUGGGAGCCAUGGAGGCCUGCAGGACCCACAGCAGCUCAGCUACACGGGCCACGGCGGGAUCCCCGACAUCAUCCUCACGGUGACAGGAGAGUCCCCCCCCAGCCUCUCUAAGGACCUGAGCAGCACACUGGCAGGUGUCAGUGAUGUUGGCUUUGACUCAGACCAUCAGUUCCCACUGGAUGAACUGAAGAUCGACCCUCUGACCCUGGACGGACUUCAUAUGUUGAAUGACCCUGACAUGGUCCUAGCUGACCCGGCCACCGAGGACACCUUCCGAAUGGACCGCCUGUGAGUGGCCGUGCUUGCCACCCACUGCUGGUCAGUCCCCGACAGCGCCGCUCCAAACCUGGGGAUGGCGAUGUUCCGUCCUCCUUUGCCAAUGGCCAAGCUUGUGGUUCUGAGCUUGCGAUGCUGCCCAGCACCCCCUGCCAGCCACUACCCUGGUUGUUCACCUCCCUGAUGCCAGGCCAGCUAUCUGUCCAUCUAUCCGUCCAGCUGCAGCCAGGCUGAUCACAGGGACUGUGAGUGCCUGGCCCCCAUGGACUUUCCCCACGCUCUCUCCCUGGCCCCUCGUCGGGGAUGAUGAGGCCCUCAUCAGUGGUCCACUUCCAAGAUACCCAAAGUGUCACUCACUCCCAGAUGUGCUGCACAGGGGGCUGGGGCCUGAGCGUGGGAGUGCCCCAGAGGCUAAGGUGCACCGUCCAUUCAACUGUUCUCAGCUGUCACUGCCUCUCUUCAUCCCUGCCCCUCCUCUGCCAUCACCCCCAGUCCUGGUCAGGUCACGCAUGCUCACCAUGCCCAGGGCAAAGACAGCAGAGCAAAGGGACAGACCCGGAGCAGAAUAAACACUAUUGGAUGGCGGCCUUUCAUAUUCCUGAGUGCUCUUGGAGCCUGACAGUCGACCUGUGGUCAAACGUGGCGUGGUCAGAGCCCACUGAAGCAGCCAGUGUCCCCUCCACCCUCUUUCAAGCACCCUUUGCCUACUGCCAGACAAUGCCCAGCAUUGCAAUACAGGGCAGACGGAGGGUCACAGGCUGCCUGCCCAUUUUCAUCCUUCCUUCCCAGUCCCGUGAUUGGUUCUUACUGCUGCUUAGGAACUGGGGCUCAGGCGACAGCAACCCUGUGGGUUUUGCUUUUCCUUGAGUUUGUAUUAACGUUUGGCACGUGUUAGCCCCAGUCCCAUCUUGACCUUUUUUUUUCAAGCCGGGCUGCCUGGCUGCUCACCCAGAUGUCACUCAGCUGCACUUAGUCUCCACUCCAAAGAGCUGGAUGGGCAAGGAGGGGACUGGAUACAAGGUCCUGGUGACAAAACUGUCUGUAAGAACCACAGAACAGACUCCUAGGAACAGGUCUUGACUUUCGUUUCAGAGGAACGCAUUUCCUCUGAGCCUCCCCAAGGUACAGCCAGGCCUCAGUAGUCAGCUGGUCGCCACAUCUCUAUGCUAACAGUCUGUGUUGGGAGCUGUGGGCCUGGCUUGUCUUUUGUGGGCCACUCUGAUUCCCCACGACCUUGAGUUACAACUUGCCUUUAUCCACCAGGGCCACGCCUUUUGCUUGUUUCUCGGUGAUUUCGCCUAUUGCCCAUGCUGGGGGCUUGGGGAGCACGGGAACUGUGUGUGUCUUUCCCCAAGCCACUCUGUGACUGCCUGCAUGAGAAAGCCGCUGCCCCUCCAUCACCGUGCCCCACCCCGUUCCCAUGGACUUGGGGACAUGGCAUUGGUUUGUCCGGUUCACCUGUCACCAUGGUGCGUGCUGGGAGGGAAUAGCAGGGAUAUCACCAUCAUCCUCCUAGGGAAGCAUGCAUGGUGCGUGCUUGUCUUUCACCUGCCUGAGCUAUGUGAGACCCUGUCUUAAGACAGAAGGUGCACAUGCUUGGAGUCUGAUUCUCCCCAGGUGGAGAAGCCUGAACAAACAGCCUUAGCAAGGUAGAGAGCCAGAGGCAGUUGUCAGGCAAGGCCCGACUUCCAGGAGCCAGUCACUGGCCUUUCAGGUUCUCAGCUGGGGCAGGAGGGACAUGGCCCCAUGACUCCCCCACGUUUGUGGCCUCGUUUUCAACACCCCGCAGCCAGGACUAUGCAUGUAGCUAUGUUAGCAUGACUUGGUUCAUUGCCAAGUUCCUUGAUGGGGUGAUGGGGCCCCAGCCAGGGGUUAGGUGCCUGCGUGUUCUGGAUGGGCUCACUCUUCCCCCACCCUGGGCCUAGAGGCUCGGUGGCAGUGGUACCCCUGGGGUAGUCUUUGCUUUCUAGAUGUCAGUUAUCUUGCCUAGUAUUGCCAAGCCAUCCCGAGUCAGGGCUGCGGGGACCCCCAGCUGGUGACAUGACAUACUGACCCAUUUAACUUUGUUGGGAGCAGCUAUCCUGGAAUCCCCACAACAUGUACAUAGAUCUCUGCCCACAUCCAUGCUUUCUCAGGACAGGUUUGGACACCUGGCCUUUCCCCGCAGACCUCAGCCAUGUGCCAUCUUCAGCUGAGCCUCAGCCAUGAGGCCGGUCUGACCCAUUUCUCCAUUUCAGAACAAAGUGGAGCACUAUGCUCAGAUGCCUCAAUUUACCUCACCGUUUCAGCCCCUGGGGCAGUAGUUGUCCACCCACAGGCCUCCAGACAGAGGAGGCAGCUCUACCCAGCCUGUUUCUGUCCCCUCCAGCAACAGGUCCUGUCCAUGUCCCUUCUCUGUGGCACCGUUCAAUGCCAGGGAAAGCUCUCAAGUUCAUUGCAUACUUAGCCUGGCCUUGAGCUCUUUGGAAGACUCUUACAGGGGCCCUAGCGAGACCCACACGCCACCCCCAGCAUGCCAGGAUGGCUGGCAGCUGUCACAGUGGGCCUGGUGCAGGACAAGAACAGGCAGCAGGUAUAGAGGCAGCCACCUGUGGCAGUGCUGACCACCAUGGUCAUGGGAUUGGUUCACGGCAUCCUGGGUUUUCUGUUUUUCCUUAGAAAGUUUCUGUGCCCAAUAGAGCCACAGGUGGAGAGGGCUGGUGGGAUCAGGGUCCUGGUGGAACUGCGGCACAGGUGUGGGUCAGUUGGGUCAGAUUAUAUUUGUGCCCUAGGCCCUGCCUGUUGUCCCUCAAGAAGUGUCCAGGUGAGGGCAUCAUGGGGCAGAGUCGGUGUGUGGUCCGAACAGUUGGAGGAAGACACGACCUUUUCCAGACCCCAAGGCCUGCCUCAAGUGUGGUGGUUCCUGGUCCUUUUUAUACCCUUUCUCCUUGUCCCCUGGGGUUCCUACUUCCUUCAGGAAUCUCCUGGUGGAUGACUUGGAGCCCCUGAUCACUGCUGUCUCAGGCAUGGCCCUCAGUGUGGCACAAAUGCUCACCACCCCAUUGGUCAUAGCUGUGUCUCCCCAUUGGGGCAGAAGGUGGAAGGACCUGUGCCCUCUCAAGCCUGGGUGCUGGGGUACUCCCAAUGGCAAGGGGUCCCCUUCCAUUGCUUUUUCAAACUCGUUGGGCUCAGGGGCCCAACUCUCUGGGCAAGGUGGGGACAGCGGCACCUUCUGGACUCAGCCUUUCCCUGGGGCUGUAGAUCCGUCACAUGUAGUAGGGGCUCACCCCAUCUCUUGGGGCUCUAGAAUCCCAGGGUGACCAAGGUCCAACUGAUCACACAGGGGACAUGAGGCCAGCUUUGGUUCUCAGGCUAUCUCACCCCAUAGUAGGAAACAGAAUGCCUUGGGCUGGGCAGCCCCUCUGAUAUAUGCAAAUGGCUGGUCCCACCCCCUCCCUGUGCCCACGCUGGCUCCGCCCCCAGCAUGCGCACUCUGCCGCUGUGGAUGUCUGUGAACUACACACAUGGACACUGCAGUUGGGGGUCAGGUUGCUCAGGGCACGCACGGCUGCCCACCCCACCUUCUGGCGCAGACGCUUCUUUGUAUUUUUGCGCCCUUUGUAAUGAAAUGUAAUAAAAACCCAAUGUUUUCGUCUGG